ACCCUGUACACCGUGCCUGGUGAGCAUGGAAACACACGGAGAAGGAGGAGCAAAGAGGUGGAGAAUGGAGAUCAGCUGUCAGUUGCUCGGCUUGCCCCCUCCUCCAACCACAAGCCACAUUCCCCAAGGCUCAGUAAGUGGCCGGAGACUUCCUUCCCAUUCAUAAGCCAAGCCGGGACAGUCCGUUUCCCCAGCGAGAAGAGAAGGGCCAAGGACCUGGGAGCUCCUCCAGCACCUCCAAAGGAAAGGCGAAGCAGCAAAGCAUAGAAGACUAUCCUACGAGGAGUGAAAAAGGAUUUGAUAACAGCCACCGAAUGCCAAAUAUGGCAUUUUAAAACGCUCCCAGUUCCUGGCUCAUGACCGCCCCACGACACUACUACACCUUACCCCGGACUCUACUCACCCCCCGCUUGUAUUCUGACGGGACGAUGGGCGGCAUUGCCCAAAUCACCCCCUUCCUAUACCUCAGCAAGGGGAGCGUGGCCUCCAACCGGCAGCUGCUCUUGGCACGGGGUAUCACCUGCAUCGUCAACGCCACCGUCGAGGUGCCCAACGCCAACUUCCCCAACUUCGAGUACUACCGGGUGCCCGUGGCCGACAUGCCCAGCGCCCCUAUCUCCAUGUACUUCGACAGCGUGGCUGACAAGAUCCAAAGCGUGGCCCGUAAGCGGGGUGCCACCUUGGUCCACUGUGCGGCCGGCGUGAGUCGGUCGGCCACCCUCUGCAUCGCUUACCUGAUGAAGUACCAAAACGUCAGCCUCCACGAGGCGUACAACUGGGUGAAGUCCCGGCGCCCGGUCAUCAACCCCAACGUGGGCUUCUGGCGGCAGCUCAUCGACUACGAACGGGAGCUCUAUGGGAGGAACAGCGUGAAAAUGGUACAAACGACGUACGGCAUGAUGCCGGAUGUUUACUUGGGAGGGAGGAGAAACUUUAUGCCUCUCUGGGGGAUCUGAAGAGCACCGAAAAAAAGGAACAGAAGAAACAAGGGCGUUCCCAAAACAACAAAGAGUUCCUUAGGGUCAAUUUCAAUUCCUUUUAGAACUCUCAAAGUUGCAAUGUACGUAUUUUAUUAUUUUCCUGACACACUAAACCAGCAGCCCCAUAAUAUUGGGGGGACUUUGUGGGGAUAACUUCACAGGAAGGCCUUCUCGCAAAGAUGGACAGGGUCUGUCCAAAAGUCCACUUCAUGAAGCCAGACUGUUUCAAAUGGUGGAGAAUGUGUGACUCGAAUAUUGUUUGGAAAUGCAGGUGCUUUUUAUUUUAUUUUAUUCUUAUUGAUCAAAAGGCUUCAUUAGAAGAAGACCGGUUGGUCCUUCUUCCCCUCCAAGGAGAGAUCAAUUUGAAAUCAAUUAGUAGCCGACGUCCAAAGGCCGAGAAAUAAAUAUGUAAUUAUAAUCUUAUUUUAAAACACCAGUUUUGACAAUGCACAACUAUCUUUUGUGUGUGUGUUUUAUCAGUUGGCAAAGUGUGUGUUGUUGGGGGGGGGGGGAGAUACUUAAACUAGACAAACUGCCACAA